UCAACAACGCGAGGAAAUGACCCAACAACAUCCCAUCUCAAAAAACACCUACAAUAAAAACACAGCCUAAGUUUUGUUUCUUCCAAAAACAAAACCAAACGCAGUGAGACACAUUGCAAACAUGCACUCUGCAAACCACUGGGGUGGAUCCUUCGAAAUCCACGCCGACGCCACCACCGACGAUGAGCACAGCCACAAUCUCGACGUCGACAGAGCAGCGCUCUCCCGCCAGCACACGCUCGAUGAGACACAGCAGAGCUGGCUGCUGGGGCCUCAGGACACAGGCAAGAAGGACAAGUAUGUUGAUCUUGGAUGCAUCAUUGUGAAGAGGAAAGUUCUGUGGUGGGCAUUUUGGACUGCGUUGGUUGCUUUCAUUGUUAUCGGGAUCCCUGUGAUUGUUGUUAAGACUUUGCCGAAGCAUAAGGAGAAGCCGCCGCCACCUGACGAGUACUCGAAAGCUCUGCAUAAGGCUUUGAUGUUCUUCAAUGCUCAGAGAUCUGGUCGCUUACCAAAAAACAAUGGAGUUCGAUGGCGAGGAAAUUCUGCGCUUAAUGAUGGCUCAGAUCUACCAGAUGUCAAAGGUGGUUUAGUUGGAGGAUACUAUGAUGCCGGUGACAAUAUAAAGUUCCAUUUUCCUAUGGCUUUCUCUAUGUCAAUGUUGAGCUGGUCUGUGAUCGAAUACAGUCAGAGAUAUAAAGAAAUGGGAGAAUAUGAACAUGUUCGAGGUAUCAUCAAAUGGGGUACUGAUUAUUUGCUCAAGACUUUCAAUGCUUCUGCUACCAUCGCUGACCAAGUCUACAGUCAGGUCGGUGUGGGAAGAAACGGCACAACCACCCCAGACGACCAUUACUGCUGGAUGCGCCCUGAGGACAUGGACUACCCUCGCCCCAUCCUGAAAUCAUCCAGCGCCCCUGACCUCGGAGGCGAAAUGGCCGCUGCCCUCGCCGCCGCCUCCAUCGUUUUCCGCGACGACGCCAAAUACUCCAAAAAACUCGUAACAGGCGCCACCGCAAUCUACAACUUCGCCCGUGCUUCAGGCAGGCGAACGCCCUACUCUCGCGGAGUUCCAGAAAUAGCGCAGUAUUACAACUCGUCAGGAUAUUGGGACGAGUACAUGUGGAGCGCAGGGUGGAUGUAUUAUGCGACGGGGAAUAAGACUUAUAUUUCCUUCGCGACGGAUCCGAGAUUGCCGAGGAACGCGAAGGCGUAUGUUCGAGUGUCGGAUUUCAGUGUGCUCAGCUGGGAUAAUAAGUUGCCGGCCGCUCAAUUGCUGUGGACUAGGUUGAGAGUUUUCUUGAAUCCUGGGUAUCCUUAUGAGGAGUCAUUGAGGGAGUAUCAUAAUAUUACCGGGUUGAAUAUGUGCUCUUAUAUGAAGCAGUAUAGUGUCUUCAACUUCACUCGAGGAGGACUAAUUCAACUGAAUCACGGUCGGCCCCAACCGUUACAGUACGUCGUAAACGCAGCCUUCCUCGCUAAUCUCUUUGCCGACUACAUGGAUGCAACCGACGUUCCCGGAUGGUACUGUGGCAGCAGCUACUUCCCCUCCGAAACUCUCCGAACCUUCGCCUCCUCUCAGUUGGACUACAUUCUCGGAAAAAAUCCUCGGAAAAUGAGUUACAUAGUAGGAUACGGUAAAAAGUACCCGAAACACGUGCACCACCGCGGUGCAUCAAUCCCUCACAACGGCGUGAAGUACUCCUGCACAGGCGGAAUGAAGUGGAGAGAUACUCGGUCGCCGAACCCUAACACGAUUGUCGGAGCCAUGGUUGGCGGGCCCGAUAGGUCUGACGGAUUUUCAGACGUUCGGACGAAUUAUAACUACACAGAGCCGACAUUGGCAGGGAAUGCUGGGCUCGUUGCCGCGCUUGUGUCCAUGACGAGCAGCGUGCGGAGAGGGCAUCGAUAAGAAUAACAGA